CUGAUUGGUCGGAUUACCGAAUCACAUGACCGUGCCUGACACACAGCCCCCCCCCCAAUACUAAGGAUUAUGUCCGUGUUUACGGAUUGUGUCACGGGAAGUCGUUCAGUCUCACUCCAGCGGCACAGCGGGGGCGCGCACUGAAACCCACCGGGGGCGCGCACUGAAACCCACCGGCCAACAUGGCUGAGGCAGUGAGACCCCGGAAGGCGAAGAGCAAGGGGAGACAUGACAAGGAAAAGAAGAAGCUGCAAGCCAUUAGGGAUUUGGAUAGCCCCCCAGUCCCAGAGAGGGAAAAAGCUGCAGCCAGUAGAGUUACAGAUACCAAUCCACCUGCACAGCCUCAAAUAACAGAAGAGGAGAGUAUCGAUAAUUUUACAGAAAUCCAACUGAAUGAAGAAGCUGGAUUGUCGGAUGUAAGUAGAGACAACAGUUUGCCUUUAGAUCCAUGUUUGGAAGAAACGCUAAAGGAAUUAAGUGUGUGCCAUAGAGAGGGCCAAGAUGAGCCUGAAGAAGAAAGAAAUCAGCAGGAGAAAGAUGCUACUACUUGUAGAGUUGACAAUGGUGAGAUAUCUGCUGAAGAAUGUCUUGAGCUACCUAAGCAUAUCAGUAGGUGCAGUCAAGGGACCCCAGGUCUUUCCAAAGAAAAUAUUCUAGAUGUACAAGAUAUCCGGCCAGCGGUCCUUACACCAAAGGAGUUUGGCUCAGAGAAUCCUCAGCAUUUUCUGGAAACCCAUGAGGUCCUCAAGCUGCCACGGGUUAGGUACCCAGAAUUACCCGUGGAAUGUUUUGAUCAACAAAGAGAUGUUGCCACUAUCAAGCCUCUGACACCAAACGAGCGGCUAUACCCCGAGAUCCCCCAGCAGCCUCGCCCUCUUGCUUUUACCAAGGACCAGCUGAAAAUAUUUGAACCCUGCUCAUGGCUGGAGAACGUGGCUUCUUACACAGAGGAGUUUGAGAGCAUCGCUCACCAGGACAGACACGACUUUCACGAGCUGCUUAUGAACUACGGACGGUGCAGGAAGCAGCUAGUCCUGGCCGAAGCCAAACUCCACAUCAUGGUAUCCGACUGGAAGAACCUGAAGUCCAAAGUGUGGGACUUUAAAGAAGAGCAUAUGACUGUCCAGGGCCUUUGUGCAGACCAAGCGAAAGUGGUUGGAUACCAUCACUACCAGAAAGCAGAAGUGGAUUGCUCCGCCUUGGCCGACCUCAAGAGGCUUUUCGAAUUGAAAUCUGAUCACCUGCACCAGACGUUUGCCCUGCAUUCCUAUACCUCAGUACUGUCCCGACUGCAGGUUGAUUCAUAUAUAUAUGAUCUGGCCAACAACUCUCCCUUUCUGCGCUCUGUGGCCGUCUACCCUGGCGAUCCCGGCUCCCACAAGCUGGAAGGUUCCCAUUCUGACGUUGUGCUGCUGAAGGAAUGUAUCAGUGUCCUGUUCAGCUUCACCAGGAGAGUCCUGGAAGAUGCUCAGUUCCACAGUGAUAUCCUAAUGUGGCUCCAGAAGCUGGUGUCCAUCUUGCUGAAGGUUGCCUCAUUGGGAGAUCAUCUCUUUCUGUUGAACCACAUCCUUCGCUGCCCAGCGGGUGCCAGUAAAUGGGCCGCCACCUUUGUUCAGGUCCGAGUCCAGAACAAUCCCGCAGGUUUCUUUCACUUUAUGCAACUCUUGGCUGUACUUAUGUGCCCAGUCCGAAACCGUGCCGAAUUCUUAUGCCACGUAAAUCCCUGUGAAAAAAAGGCUUCCUCCUCUGGCAAAGAUUCUGGGAACUGGACUUUGGUCGACGAAGCUGGAGAAGAGGAUGAGGAUCUGGAGACAAGUUGGACUCUACUUACUGAGGACGAUCUCAUUGCCUUUCUGGCCCAGUUCCCUUUCCAUGAUCUGUUUAAGAAUGUGCUGGGCUUUAACUCCAGAGGUGAAUAUUCUCCUGAGAAAUCUACGCCUCAAGAAAUGAUGAAGAUUUUUGCUUUUGCCAAUUCCUUAGUUGACCUUCUGGCUCUCGGAUUGGAGACGUUCAACAGAGUUCGUUAUCGGCAGUUCGUUAAACGGAUAGGCCGUAUUAUCCGGAUGACUUUGUGCUACGUGAGUGACCACUGGGCUCUGUAUCUGAGCAGCAACAUGGAGGUGGACCAGAGCAGUGAGCUUUACUCCGUGGAAAAGCUGCAAGCGGAGUACGAUGAGCUGUUCCUGCGCUCUGUUCUUCAUGUCCUGAAGGCUAAAAGGUUGGGGAUUUGGCUGUUCAUGUCGGAGAUGCCGUACGGGACCCUGUCUAACAGUAUGCUCUGGAAGCUCUUCUAUCUCAUGCACUACGCUGAAAACCAGAGCGUGGAGAUCCUGUAUCCCAGUAUAGACACGGCAGACUGCAGGUCCAGGCUAAACGUUUCUGAAAACAGAGACAAAUUUGAGGAAUAUCUCUCCGUCAUGAACAGCUCCGAAGGGAUCUGCCUCCUCACCACGUUUGCCCAGAUGGCCCAGACCAAACAGAAAGAUGUUGACCAGGAUCUUGUUAAGAGCAUAGCCCUGGAGAUCUAUGAGGUCUCCUAUGUCAGCAUGUCUACGAGAGAAACCUUCUCCAAAGUGGGGCGGGAGCUGCUAGCCAGUAUCACUAUGGUGCACACCAGCAUCAUCUCCGUGCUUCUGGAACGUGUCCGGGACACUAUCGAUAAAGUAGGGAUGGUUUCCUUGUACUUGUUUAAAGAAUUACCCCUGCAACGUUGGAGUCCAACCUCCUCAGAAAUAAGUCUGAUCCGUGAUUGGCUACUCGACCAUAACCUGUCCGAAGUGGAGAACAAACUGGCCUGUAUCAUACUGGAGGGCCUCAACUGGGGCUACAAUGAGAAAAAUGCACUUCAUCUGAAUCCAGCCAUACAUGUGGAAGUGGCCCUCAUGAUUCUGGAAGCUUACCAAAAGUACAUCUCUGACAAGCCUUAUACAGGUCUCAUUUCUGAAAGUAUAAAACAGGUGUCUUAUUUAGCCAGUAUUGUACGGACAGGACAGUCCCCAGAAGCUUCUUUCAGCCAGUGGGCUUGGGAUUUGAUCCUGAGGCUAAAAAUGCAUCGAAAUGACCGCAAAGAAGAAGUCUGUGACAAAGUGUCUGACCUGACGGAGGCUUCCAUACUUCAUCCUGUACUGAAAGCUGUGAAAGCCGGAGUCCCUAUUGGCUGCUACAUUGGCAUUGCAGUGUCUUCAAUAGGACACAGUGUGGACAAGUUCUGUGUGGAAGGUGUAAGCUUACUGGGCGAGCUGGUCCAAGCGAGGCAUCUCCGAGCCGUGGUGCACAUUCUGGAUAAAGUCCUUCCCAUGUUUUAUCCAUGCCAGUAUUACCUGCUGAAGAACGAACAAUUUCUGUCCCACAUUCACCUGUUUCUUCAGUUGGACAAUGGAGUCCCUCAGGGAAUUUCACUGCAAAUGACACAUAAAGUCACACAGCACUUAAGUGGAAUAAACUACGGUGAAAAUGUGAAGUUUCUUACUAACAUGAUCCAGGCGCAUAUCGCUGCAAGCAGUAGUCCCAAUGAAGUGGGCCCAGCAGCGGUGCUGGAGUUUUGGACUCAAGUCCUGAUAAGUCAGCAGCUGUGGCACAGAGAUAAGGGGACCCUCCUGCUGAUGGACCAGAUGUGUAAGGCGGCAUUCAGAUACAUGCAGGAGGAUUCUGUGCAGAAACUGCUCUACCAGCAACACAAGGAUGCUCUUGGCUUUCACUGUGACCGGGGGCUGAUCUCUUCCUUCGUGGGAUGGAUCACGGCUGGAAAUGUGACCCCUUCAUUCAUUGACUCCAGUUAUAACCCCUCUCAGAUUUGGUUCUCGUGGGCCGUGCUUAGCACUGAGGCUCUGUUUGAGGAGGAUUCCCAGCUGCGACGAGUGGUGGAGUGGGAACUUGUGAGCAACCCUUCCAUUUCUCCGGAUCAGGCUUUGAAGAAAGCUCAGCAGCAGCUGAAACUGCCCAUUGUGCCUUCAGUACAGAGAUUAAUGAUCUAUCGUUGGGCUCAUCAGGCUCUGGCUACUCCGGCAGAUCACCCCCUUUUACCUUUCUUUUGGCAAAGGUUUUUCCUCCUUUACCUCAACCGGCCAGGACCUCAGUAUGGGCUGCCAGUCAGUGGAUGCAUUGGGAAGAGGUUCUUCAGCAGCUCAUCUCACACCCAUAUGCUGAAGCAGAUGAAACGGCGCCUGAUGGAAGUGGCAGAUUUUCACCAUUCAGCCAGCAAAGCCCUGAGAGCGCUGGUCCCGAUAGACGGAUCCCCUGUAUUUCCUGACUCGUUGGGAAGCGCUCAGGAAUGCAUGACUACUCCGGAAGUGCACAAGGAGUUGGUGAGGUUAUUCAAUGUAUUUGUUGUUUGGCUGGAGGAUGACAAUUUCCAGAAAGGAGACGUGUACAUCCCUUCGCUGCCAAAGCAGUACGACGCCCAUCGAUUGGCCAAGAUCAUGCGAAAUGAGCAGGAGCUCUGGAUGGAGUUUAUUAAUAUGGAAAGGAUCAUGUAUGAAAUCCAAGAAUGCAUAAAUGCUUGGAACCAAGUCAAGGUAGAGAUGGACACCUGCUUGCUAAACCCUGCAGUCACUAUGGAGCCAGCCAGCUCUCAAUCAGCCAAGGAGAGAAUCCUGUGUAACCUGAGAAAGCACAGCGCCCCUUGUCCUGCCACCACCCUGCACCUCAUGAAGUCUCCCGUGCCUGUCAUUCCACCAUCUUGUUACAUUAAUACGCAGGAAGCCAUGAAACUGGUUCACAAAGACCUUACCAUCCUACAGCAGUAUGCCAAGACUUCAUCCAUGCGGGAAUCCCAGCAAGUUGCACUGGACAACGAAAUGCUCGAUACCAUUCCUAAACUCUACGUCAACCGGGAGGAACAGAUUGAGAUGAAGAUCGAGUGCCGGGGAAAUAUGAAUAAAUCCUGCACUGGGCCGGCUGUGGUCACAGUCAAGUUUGAAGGCAUGCAGAUGGAGGAAGCCGUCAGCCAGCAGCUCCACAUCAUGCGCCGAGAGAUGAAGCAGUUGCAGGCCGAAGCCACCAAACCCACUCAGCUCAGCAUUAUAGAAGCUGCUGUCCAUCUGGAAAACUUCAUCACGGCUCUAGUGAAUGCUUAUAAAGUGCAGUCCCCCCUGGAGAUACCCAAGAUUGGAAUCGGCACCUUUUUUGCAGUGGUGGAAUAUGUGUGUGACGAGACGCAGCGGCAUCCUCCUUCCAGGCAGUUUUUUACCUCUUGCAUCGAGAUUUUGGGCCAGGUGUUUAUAAGCGGAACUCAGUCGGAAUGUCGGCCGGUGCUUCAGACUAUUCUGCAGAACAGGAGGCUGUGCAGUCUGCUCUCCCCCUACUUCACCCCCGCUGCCUCCCCCGGAGACUUUGUGCAGUUGUACGAGAAAGUCGUGGAGGCCAUUAAUGAUGACAACAGUGACGUCAUUUUCAUGCUGCUAACUAAGUUUGACCUGAACCAUUGGUUGAACUCGGCCAAGCCUUGUAUGUCGGAGCGCAGCAAACUGCUGGAGUGUGUGCACCUCGCUCUCACCCUGUGUGGCCUUGUACCUGAAGAGGAGCUCCAGAUGCCUUUUAGCAUUUUCUGCAAACACUGGAACUCCGUCCUCCGCUACCAGUUCCCAGACCAUUACAGCGACUGCCUUAGGCUCCUCAUGCAAAGUUCUUCUGAGCAGCUGUUGAGCCCUGAGUGCUGGAGGACGUCUCUGAAGGCCGUCGGAUGUUAUACCCCAAGGAAAAUUCAGAGCACGGCACCAGCCGAGUCCACAGACCCCCUGGCAUUUCCGAGCUGUUCCAACAAAAUGAUGCUGUCGGCUGAACAGGUACUGGAGACCAUCAAAUGGCUUUCGGAUUUUUUCGACAAGCUCCGAUUCUCUAAACCCGACUUCCAGAGCUUCGGCCUGCUUUCCAAGUGGAGCCCGUACAUGAGCGAAGUCAAAACGUUCUUCGAGUACCUGGUAAAGAGCCUCAUAGACUACGAGCUUGCCAGCCUCACCCCGGAGCCAAUGGGAAGUCACAGAAUCCAAGCAGGGCUAAAGUCUGUGCAUUCAGCCAUCACUGAGCUCUUCAAGCCAUGGAUUAUGGUUCUGGAUAAAGAAGACAACAGCAGUCAGCGCUGUUACCCGUGGUUGGAAAGUGAUACGUCUGUAGCUUUGGGGGUAGUUGAGUUAUUCACAGACUGUAUCCUGACUCUGCACCAGAAAUCUCAGGAUCGCUUGCUGCCUGGCCAGAGGGGGGCCUUAUGGCUGCACCUGAUGCAUUACUGUGAGACCUGCACUGCCCCCAAACUGCCCGAAUAUAUCCUCUAUUCCUACCAUACAGACUACAGCAAGUUGCCCUGGAAGGAGAUGUAUCCUGAUCAGACCAUCAUGGAGGAAUUCUUCAAAGUGGAGAGGGGGAGCCCCAAAAGCUGCUUUUUAUUUUUGGGAGCAGUUCUGUGCGACGUGAAUUGGGUAAGCGUCCUGUCUGACGCCUGGGGCCCCAUUCCUCGCCCCGAGACCCAGCGCAUGUUAGUGUGUUUGCUGUUCAUGCUGGUGUUUGUUGCUAAGGAGGAGAAACUCGUCAACGAAGCGGGGUCCCCACUGCUCAGUCUCCUGGGUCAGGCCAGCACCCUGUCAUGGCACCUUGUAGACGCAGUGUCCUACCAAAAUGUAAUGGGGUACUUCAGCAGCCACUACCCCCCCUCUGUGAUCCUGAGCAAACACCUGGCCGAUGAGCUGAUCCUCAAGGUGCUGAAGGUCUCUGCCGGCCUCACGACUUUCCCCGAGUGCAACAUCUACUCUGAUGUGACUCCCAAGUGCCGUAUCUACAUUCAGCAGGUGGUGCAGUUUCUGGGCUCCUUAGAGCAGGACGCCAAAAUAACCCUUUCCUCCCUGGAACAAGAAAUGUCCAAACUGCUGGAUGAUAUUGUUGUCUUUAACCCCCCAGACCUGGAGGUGCAGAAGCGUCACAUGACACUCAGCAGUCUGUUCAUGGAGCUCCUGAUGGUUAUGAACAAUGCCAGCGUGACCACGGCCGAGUCACUGAGAGGGGCCCUGCUGAACUGGAUAGACAAUAAAGUACAAGGUUUGCUUGUGAUGCCCCUCCUAACAGCCGCGUGCCAGAGCCUGGCAUCCAUCAAACACAUGGCAGAGGCUACGGAGGCCUGUAUCAUUGCCUACUUUAAAGAUGAAACCCUCCAUGCGCAGAACCCUGGCUGGGGCCCCAUCUUGGCUUCUCUCCAGGUGCCCGAACUCACCACGGAGGAUUUCCUGCAGGAAUGCCUGACCCUGGGCAGCUAUUUAACCCUCCACGUGUACGUCCUGCAGUGUUUAAACCGGGAGCAGACGCUGGCCAAUGAGCUGCGAGUACUCGUGAUGAUUUCUAAGUGGCUGGAGCAGGUGCAGCCAAGCUCAGUGACUGAGGAGCCCAAGCUGUUCCUGUGGUGCCACAAGGUCCUGCAGCUAGCCCUCAUCCAGGUGGAACAGAACGACAGCAUCGUAACCGAGACCGUCCUCCGCAUUCUGCUGUCUGUCCAAGGCAAACUCACCCUCCUGGGAGAAGAGCGGGUGUCCUCGGGCAUCCUGGGUGCUAUUGGCUUUGGAAGGAAGUCCCCGUUAUCAUCAAGAUUUCGGAUCAUUGCUCGCAGUCUGUCGGCCUUCGUUUUAGCCCAGAUCCCUUCAGAAUACCAAGUGCGCCUUAAGGCAGGAUCUGGGCUGCACCUGUCCCCCCGAGCUCAGCAGGCUCUGACCGCUGUGGAAUCCAUGAGCUCCAGCAAACAAUAUGCCGAGUUUCAGGAACAAACCUCCCAGGCCUCCCAGUUUAUCCGAUACCCCGGACACUGCCUUCAAGAUGGAAACACGCUGCUAGCUCUUCUCAUCAACUCCCUGUACCCUGAAGUGCAUUAUCUCAAUAUCAUACGAUAGGGACCUCCUCUUAUCGCUCACUGUGCGCAUAUCAUGUUUUAAUGGGGAAAACUCAUUUGUGGGCGGAGUUAGGUGAUGCACAGGGAGCCGGCCAAUGAGGAGGGAAGGCAGUAGAGAGGAGCCUGCAGCAAACGGAGAGCAGCAGGAACAUUACAGUAAGGUUUUCUCUGAAGGGUUAAUAACUGUGAGUUGGAUUCUGAGUCGGGAUUCCCAGGUACCUCUGUGCGGUACUUUCCCUUUAAUCCUCCCAGUGGUUUCCCUCUUUGUUUAGCUUGUAUCUUUGCUUUGUCUUGUCUCUCAGUCCCUUAUAUAAAAUAACUUGGGGUCCCGGCCAUUCAAAAUUUCCACAGCAGCAGUUUCCCAUAGGCAUCUGUUGUGUCACUGGCACUGCACAUGCUCAGUGGGCUCUGGGCUGCUGUUGAGCCGCUAAGUUUAUGGGGUUUAUGGGAAAUCAUCCAGCAGAAACGGAGGUGCAACUGUCAUAUAGGCUGGUGCUACAGGGCUGAUUAUUAAAGGGGUGGUUCACCUUUAAGUUAAAUUAUAGAAUGGAUGAUUCUGAUCAACUUUUCAAUUGGCCUUCAUUAUUUAUUUGUUAUAGUUUGCCUUCUUCUUCU